AUGGAACAGCGAAUUCUACCUACAACGACUGUUGAAAAGAGUCAACAUAAUUCAAAUGCUAAAGAUCACAGAAAAUUAGAAAAUGCUGUUAUCAACAAAUCUGCAAGCAGCAAGACAAACACUAAUAGGGUUCCAAGUUCGGAUAGCCAUGAAAAGUCUAAUGUUACAACUAAUUCUACAUCAGAUGAGGCAGAUUAUGAUUCGCUUACGCCUGCAACUAUCAAAAAGACUGUUUUAGAAUUGCUUCGGCCCUAUAAUGACAAGAAACGUUUCACAUUAAGCAAUAAAAUUGACAUUAAAAGACCGACUAGAAAACCGUGCGAAGCACCACAGAAUAUUAAUUUACAAUGUUAUAAAGAUCUUUUUCACGGAAUCCCAUUUUACACAGAAGAAAAUGUGGGUAUAAAUGACUCAAUGCUCAAUCGAGUUCAGCAACUAGCGAUUGUACUCAGUGGUCUUGCCACUUCUGUCUUUAAUACACCAGUAAUUUUGAUGAAGCUCUAUCGAGAUGCUGAUACACAUAGUUUGCUUCGAAUUGGAUUCCAUUAUAAUCAUUCACUUUAUUUUAAUAUACGUUAUUUUGAAAGUACAUUUGCUGAAAUACUUGAUCUCAAAGUUACAAAUGCUGGUAAUAAUGAUUCAAAUAAGCAUGAUAUUAUCAAUUUUUACUUUAUGAAAUCAUGUCAUUUACUCGUACAUAAUGUUCAUGUUGAUCAUAAUAUCAAAUUUAUUCGUGCACUUGAAGAUACUGUAAUCAAAUUUUUACCAGCGAAAGAUUCCUUUCUUCAACAAUUUAAAUUUUCUUGA